UUUUUUGGAUUUAUUUCAGCUUCAAGAUGUUUGUCGUUAUGUACAUGAAAAUCAACUUGAUUAUAAUCGUGAAAUGUUGGAUGAAAAAUUAAAUAUUAUUUGUAGAGAUAUGACUGGAAUUUUACGUAGAGUUGGUGAUAGUGGUGGAGGUGUUUAUAUAAUUAAUUAUGAAAAGGGUAUUGAAACACUUUGUUUGGAACAUAUAGAAUCAGCAAUAAGAGAAAAAAUAAAUGAUAAAGCUGUUAGAAUAUUUAGAUUAUUAAAUUCUAGAGGGUUUUUGGAAGAAGAACAGUUAGAAAAGGAGGCAAUGCUUUCUUCUAAAGAAACAAAAGAAUUGCGUUGA